AGUGACAGGAAGGAGCUGAAGAGCUGAGAGGAGGAAGGACAGAGGAACCAAUGUCUCCUCCACGUCUGACAGGAGCUCUCCGCUCCUUCUCUAAUGUCAGUAAGAAGGAGGAUCCUGUUGAACAGCUUUAUGACCUGAAGACAAAGAGACUGAAGCGACAGGAGCUGUUUGCCAGGGAGGGGCUGACCUGGCAGAAGAUUGUCCACUUCUGCUCUGAACAUCAGGACAAAGCUGCCAGUCAGGAACUGAAGAGCCUGCUUCAGGCAGCCAAACAGAUUGUUGGUGCAGAUCACGGUCAGGAAGCCAUCGAAUGUGCUGCUGUCUUUCUGUUUGAGACCUUUCAUAACAAAGACCAUGUUGGCACCGAGGAGACCCGCGCCAUCAAGCAGAUGUUCGGCCCCUUCCCGUCUUCCGCUGCCGAAGCCUCCUGCGCUUGCGUGGCUCGGCUGGUGGCGCCGCUCGGUGACUCCAGAGUGGAAGACUUCAUCCAAACCCAGAGUUCUCGUCACAGCGCCCAGAGAGGCUCCUCCUUUGGACGCAACAUCGCCUUCUCCUAUGACUUUUAUUCACUUGACCCACUGGAAGACCUUCAGGAGUCUGAGAGAGUGGAGCAACACUUUAUCAACUUUCUCAGUAAUCAGCAGAGCGGAAAUAAGUCCACCGGUGAAGAUGAAGUCGCCCACUCUGGAACACGUUCUGGCUCUGGGGAUGGAUCUGUCCUUCAAAGAGAAGUGGAGAAAUACCUGGAAGGAGGGAACAUGAUUUCGUCCAACCCAGAGGAGUUGUGCACCUCCUUGUUUGAGAUGCUGGCCUCCCAGAGGAGUGAUGAUGAGCUGCAGAACGAGCUUUUUGAACUGCUGGGACCGGAGGGCCUGGAGAUGAUCUCCGUCCUGCUACAGCGCAGGACAGGGAUCGUGGACGCCUUCCUCUCCGUUCCAGAUGAAAGGACUGUUUACGCUCCAGAUGUGAGCAGAAAGGUCAGCGGCGAAAUGAGCAAGCCUGCCUACGGCUGCCAGGUGACCAUCCAAUCCGAGAAGGAGAAACAAAUGAUGAAAAUUUACCGCCGAGAAGAAAAGCGAGAGAAAAAGAGAGCCAAAGGAGGCGAUGAUAGUGACUUCUCAGAGGUUGGGGUAACCUUUGACCCCAAAGAGAUGAGAGCUCAGCGAGAGCAGGCCCUGCUGAAUGCACGCUACGAACCCGUCCUCACCAGAGAAAGAGUCUAUGAACGGAUCCGAUACCCCAACGUCUACGACAGCUAUGCAGAAGCAACGAAAGCACCGGCCUUCGUUGGAGGAGCCAGGCUGCUGUUACCAGAGGGAAUCCACAGAGAAAACAAUAAGAUGUUUGAGGAGGUGGAGAUCCCCCCCAGUGAACCCAUGGCUGUCGGCUUCCAGGAGCGGCCCGUCUACAUCUCCGAACUGGAUGAGGUGGGACAGCUGGUGUUUAAGGGAAUGAAGCGUCUGAACAGGAUCCAGUCCAUAGUGUUUGAGACGGCCUACAACACCAACGAAAACCUUCUGAUCUGCGCUCCCACUGGUGCCGGCAAGACCAACAUCGCCAUGCUGACGGUCCUGCAUGAGAUCCGUCAGCACCUGCAGCCCGGUGGCGUCAUCAAAAAGGACGAAUUCAAGAUAGUGUACGUGGCUCCAAUGAAGGCCUUAGCAGCUGAGAUGACUAAUUACUUCAGUAAGCGUCUGGAACCCCUGGGCAUCACUGUUAAAGAACUCACCGGAGACAUGCAGUUAACCAAAGGAGAGAUCCUUCGAACACAGAUGUUGGUGACCACGCCGGAGAAGUGGGACGUGGUGACCAGGAAAAGCGUCGGCGACGUGGCGCUCUCUCAGAUUGUCCGUCUCCUGAUCCUGGAUGAAGUCCACCUUCUGCAUGAAGACCGAGGGCCGGUGCUGGAGAGCCUGGUGGCGAGGACCAUCAGACAGGUGGAGUCGACCCAGAGCAUGAUCCGGAUCCUGGGGCUGUCCGCCACUCUGCCAAACUACCUGGACGUGGCCGCCUUCCUGCACGUCAACCCCUACAUCGGCCUGUUCUUCUUCGACAGCCGCUUCAGACCCGUGCCUCUCGGACAAACCUUCGUUGGCAUCAAGACCACCAACAAGAUCCAGCAGCUCCAUGACAUGGAAGAGGUUUGUUACAACAAAGUCCUGCAGCAGAUCAAAGCCGGUCAUCAGGUCAUGGUGUUCGUUCACGCCCGCAAUGCCACAGUGAGGACAGCGUUCAGCUUGAUAGAGAUGGCCAAGAACAGAGGAGAAAUCUGCUUCUUCCAGCCGGACCAGGGCCCAGAGUACGGCCAGUGUGAAAAACAGAUCCAACGCUCCAGAAACAAGCAGAUGAGGGAAAUGUUCCCAGAAGGCUUUGGGAUCCACCACGCUGGCAUGCUACGCUCUGACCGCAGUCUGAUGGAGAGCAGCUUCUCCAAAGGCCACCUGAAGGUGCUGGUCUGCACCGCCACCCUGGCCUGGGGGGUCAACCUGCCGGCCCACGCCGUCAUCAUCAAGGGAACUCAGAUCUAUGAUGCAAAGCGUGGCACUUUCGUGGAUCUGGGAAUCCUGGACGUCAUGCAGAUCUUUGGCCGAGCGGGUCGACCUCAGUUCGACAAAUACGGCGAGGGAACCAUCAUCACCACCCACGACAAGCUGAGCCACUACCUGACCCUGCUCACCCAGCAGAACCCCAUCGAGAGUCAGUUCCUGGGCAGCCUGGCCGACAACCUGAACGCUGAGGUCAGUCUGCAGACCAGCUCUCACAUUUCACCCUUUAAAUGGAGAAGCUAUUCAUACCUGGACAUGCUGAGGAAAGCGAAGCCUUGGCUGAAUGUUGGUGGAUGUUGUGUUGAUUCCUGGGUUUCUCCUCAGAUGGAUCCGGCUCUGGAGCUCUACAGGAAGGAGCUGGUGGUGGAGUGCGGCCGGAAGCUGGACAAGGCCAGGAUGAUCCGCUUUGAGGAGCGCACCGGCUACUUCGCCUCCACGGACCUGGGCAGGACCGCCAGCCACUUCUACAUCAGAUACAACACCAUAGAGACGUUCAACGAACUUUUUAACUCUCAGAGGACUGAAGCAGACAUCCUGAGCAUCGUGUCCAAAGCAGAGGAGUUUGAUCAGCUGAAGGUCCGCGAUGAAGAGAUGGAGGAGCUGGACAUGAUGCUGUCGAGCUACUGCCACCUCGCAGCAGCAGGGGGGGCGGAGAACAGCUACGGCAAAGUCAACAUCCUGCUGCAGACCUACAUCAGCCGGGGAGAGGUGGACAGCUUCUCGCUCAUCUCUGACCUCUCCUACGUGGCUCAGAACGCGGCUCGGAUCGUCCGGGCGUUGUUCGAGAUCGCCCUGAGGAAGCGCUGGCCCGCCAUGACCUACCGCCUGCUGAAACUCUGCAAGGUGAUCGACAAGCGGCUGUGGGACUUCGCCCACCCGCUCCGCCAGUUCCCCACCCUGAGCACCAGCGUCCUCAACCGCUUGGAGGAGAAGAGGCUGACUGUGGACAAACUGAAGGAGAUGAGGAAGGAUGAGAUUGGCCACAUGCUGCACCAUGUCAACAUCGGACUGACCGUCAAGCAGUGCGUCCACCAGAUCCCCGCCCUCACCAUGGAGGCCAGCAUCCAGCCAAUCACACGCACCGUGCUACGCGUGCGCCUCCUCAUUACUCCUGACUUCCGCUGGAACGACCAGGUCCACGGGUCUGUGGGGGAGCCUUGGUGGCUGUGGGUGGAGGAUCCCAUCAACGAUCACAUCUACCACUCAGAGUACUUCCUUCUGCAGAAGAAGCAGGUGGUGACCAAAGAGCCUCAGCACAUCGUCUUCACCAUCCCCAUCUUUGAGCCGCUGCCCUCGCAGUACUACAUCAAGGCGGUGUCAGACCGCUGGCUGGGCGCUGAGGCUGUGUGCAUCAUCAACUUCCAGAACCUCAUUCUACCUGAGAGGCACCCCCCACACACCGAACUGCUGGACCUGCAGCCGCUACCUGUGACCGCUCUGGGGAACCGCGAGUUUGAGAGCCUCUACAAGUUCACCCACUUCAACCCCAUCCAGACGCAGAUCUUCCACACCCUCUACCACACCGACACCAACGUCCUGCUGGGGGCGCCAACAGGCUCCGGGAAAACCAUCGCAGCUGAGCUGGCCAUGUUCCGCGUCUUCAACAAGUAUCCGUCCUCUAAGGUGGUCUACAUCGCUCCUUUGAAGGCUCUGGUGAGGGAGAGGAUGGAAGACUGGAAGGUCCGGAUUGAGGAGAAACUGGGGAAGAGAGUGGUGGAGCUGACGGGGGACGUGACUCCGGACAUGAGGGCCAUAGCACAAGCUGACCUCAUCGUCACAACGCCGGAGAAAUGGGACGGAGUGAGCAGGAGCUGGCAGAACCGGAGCUACGUCCAGAAGGUGGCCAUUCUCAUCAUCGAUGAGAUCCACCUGCUGGGUGAGGACCGAGGCCCCGUGUUGGAGGUCAUUGUCUCCAGGACCAACUUCAUCUCCUCCCACACCUCUAAGAGCGUCAGAGUGGUGGGUCUGUCCACGGCUCUGGCCAACGCUCGGGACCUGGCUGACUGGCUGGGAAUCCAACAGGUGGGAAUGUUUAACUUCCGUCCCUCUGUGCGUCCCGUCCCGCUGGAAGUUCACAUCCAUGGUUUCCCAGGACAGCACUACUGUCCCCGCAUGGCCAGCAUGAACAAGCCGACCUUCCAAGCAAUCCGCAGUCACUCACCCGCCAAGCCGGUGCUGAUUUUUGUGUCGUCCAGAAGGCAGACCCGUCUAACAGCUCUGGAUCUAAUCGCCUACCUGGCCACAGAGGACAACCCUAAGCAGUGGCUGCACCAGGAUGAGAGAGAGAUAGAGGCCAUCAUCGCCACUGUGAGGGACUCCAACCUGAAGCUGACCCUGGCCUUUGGGAUCGGCAUGCACCACGCAGGCCUUCAUGAGAGGGACAGGAAGACAGUGGAGGAGCUGUUUGUCAACUGUAAGAUUCAGGUUCUGAUUGCCACCAGUACUCUGGCAUGGGGAGUAAACUUUCCCGCUCACCUGGUGGUCGUCAAGGGAACCGAAUACUACGACGGGAAAUCCAGACGCUACGUGGACUAUCCCAUCACAGAUGUGCUGCAGAUGAUGGGGCGAGCUGGACGUCCUCAGUUUGAUGACCAGGGCAAAGCCGUUAUCCUGGUCCAUGACAUCAAGAAGGAUUUCUACAAGAAGUUUCUCUAUGAACCGUUCCCUGUAGAGUCCAGCCUCCUCAGCGUGCUGUCAGACCAUCUGAACGCUGAAAUCGCUGCUGGAACCAUCUCCUCCAAGCAGGAUGCCAUGGAUUACAUCACAUGGACCUACUUCUUCAGACGGCUGGUGAUGAACCCCAGUUACUACAACCUGGAAGACGUCAGCCAUGACUCCAUUAACAAAUAUCUGUCCGGCUUGGUGGCGAACAGCCUGCGGGACCUGGAAUGCUCCUACUGCAUAGAGAUAAAGGAGGACGAUCAGGCAGUGGAGCCCCUGACAUACGGACGCAUUGCCUCCUACUACUACCUGAAGCAUCCGACCAUCCGGAUGUUUAAGGAGCAGCUGAGGGCUGAGCUGACGGCGGAUGAGCUGCUAACUGUCCUCACGGAUGCAGAGGAGUACGCUGAGCUCCCGGUCAGACACAACGAGGACCAGCUCAACAGCCAGCUGGCUCAGCAGCUCCCUCUGCAGGUCAACCCGCACUCCUUCGACAGUCCACACACCAAGACUCACCUGCUGCUGCAGGCGCACUUCAGCCACGCUCAGCUCCCAUGCAGCGACUACACCACCGAUACAAAGACUGUUUUGGACAACGCCAUCCGUGUCUGCCAGGCCAUGCUGGAUGUAGCUGCCAACGAGGGCUGGCUCAUCACUGCCCUCAGUAUCUGCAACCUGGUGCAGAUGAUCGUCCAGGGCCGCUGGCUGCACGACUCGUCCUUACUGACCCUUCCUCACGUGGAGCAGCACCACCUCUAUCUGUUCAGGAAGUGGGCCGUUAAAAGAGGAAGGAGUGAUGCUGAGGGCUUCAGCGGGGCGGUGGAAGGACUCCCUGAGCUCAUUGCCGCUUGCAGCGGUAAAGAAAGCGUUUUCUCCGCCAUCGUCAGCCAGGAGUUUACUCCAAGUCAAACGCAGCAGGCGUGGUCCUUCCUGAGUCACCUCCCGGUUCUGGAGGUCCAGAUGAGCGUGAAGGGCUGGUGGGAGCAGAGCCAGGAGCAGACGGAGCGACCCCUGCCUGCAGGGGGCGCUAACCUGAGAGAGGAGAGCAGCUGGUUGGACGUCCACGCGGAUCAGGAGUACGUCCUGCAGGUGGCGCUGCGGCGCAUUAAUCUGGGUCAGCAGAGGAGGAAGCAGGACAGUAAGGCCCAGGCUCCCAGGUUCCCCAAGGCCAAGGAUGAGGGCUGGUUCCUGGUCAUGGGGGAAGUGGAUCGGAAGGAGCUGCUGGCCGUCAAACGGGUCGGAUACGUCCGGAAUCACACGGCCGUUUCUGUGGCCUUCUACACUCCAGAGAAGACUGGAAAGUGCAUCUACACGCUGUAUGUGAUGAGCGACAGCUACCUGGGUCUGGACCAGCAGUAUGACAUCCACCUGAACGUCACGCCUGCCAGCAUCUCCGCCCAGGUCAACACAGAGGUGGUGGACUCAGUGAGCGGGUUGUCCCUCAGCUAAAGACCAGCAGCAGAGAAGUCUUCAUCCAGCUCCUCCCUUCAGAAGGAGCUGUAGCUCCUGUU